AUGUAUAACACUUUUUACUCAAGAUAUUCUUCUUACAGCCCGAAGAUGAGCAGCAGCGGCAGCAGCAGCAGCAGCAGCAGUAGUUCGUCCAGGUCAUUAUCGGUGCAUAGGGUUGAAGUCGACGUAAAAGACUUUUGCACCUCCAACCCCGAACCACCACGGCCACCAAUCGCACCAAAAGGCGAAGUCGUCCUCCUCGUCGGGCCCGCAUCUCACGAGAUCCGCGUCCACGCCCUGGUCCUCUCCAACGCAUCCCGCGUAUUCGCGUCGAUGCUGCGGAACUCGCACCCGGAGUUGAAGUACAGCGAAUCCGCCGCCGUCCUCGCCGCGACGUCCUCCUCGCCUGCCCGCAUACCUCUUCCGGAAGACGACCCCGCUGCCCUGGAGACGAUCUGCCGUGUCCUCCACAACCGCACCGAUCCUUCACUGUAUGACCUCUCGCCGCAGCAAGUCCUGAGUGUCGCGAUCGCUGCGGAUAAGUACGACUGCGCACCUGCGCUGGCGUUGGCCGUGGAGCAUUGGUUGUCCCCUGGGAAGUUGGAGGGGUUGAAGUAUGCGGCGCAGGACGACUGUAUCGGGUUCCGGAGGGGGGAUUUGCUGCUUGCAAGUUAUUGGUUCCAGAACGAGCGGGUGUUUAAGGAGGUUACGAGGAUGUUGAUUUGCGAGGUCAAGGGCGGUUAUGAAGGCUUGGCUGAGGAGAGGGAGGGCGUCGAAGAGCUGCUUGCUUGGAAACUUGCGCUCGCGCUGGAGUCUCGCAGGAAUAGUCUCCGACUAUCCCUUUACGCAGUCCUUAUGGAGCACGUCAACGUCCCGUUUCUCGAUUACAUUCCGGGGCGAUCCUUUUUUGGGUUCCGCAGACGGACGAGGUUUACGGAGAACGUGGCGAUUUCAAAGGUACUGCGGAGUAUUGAUAGGGAAGUUUUCUCAAGGGAGAUUUCGUACAUGUCGAUUUCGGGUGCGGUGAAGCAGGCUGUCGAGGUCCCGGCGUUGGCGUAUAAUCGCAUUCCGUCCCUCGAAAAAGUUUACAGGGAAUACGCGCCACCUGGGGAAAGAGGAAAGAGGCCUUAUUAUAAGGUUUGUAUGGAGAAGGGGGUGAAUGAGUGGAAGAGAGAGGUGAAGGGGCUGUGCUUGGCGUGUUUGCAUGAGCAGAUGGUUUGUGACGAGGAGGGGCAUAGGGAUGGGGAGUUGAGGAGGAUGUGGAGGGAGCUGGGGAGAGAGAAUGAUUGGGAUUGCUGA